ACCCGCAAGGUUGAAAUAUUUCGCGAUGGAUACAUCUGUCAACUCUGACUAUGGUGGAAUACCAAGUGAGAAUACCAUUGAAAUACCACUCAGAGGAGGAGAUGAAGUUAUCGAGUUGGAUACAGACCAAUUGCCUGACGGUGAAGAAGUCUUAAACAUACUGAAUCAAGAGAAAGCUCCUCUACAAAUUUGGAUUAAUGUUGCUAUUGCCUAUUAUCGGAAAAAAUUAUACAGUGACUUUGAAAAAGUUCUUGAAGAAGCCUAUCGAAAUGCCUCUGAACUUCAGCCCUAUAAUGAUAGUGAUUUAGUUCGAUUAUUGGAUAUGUUGGCGAAUUAUUAUGGUCGAAAAGCUUACAAAGAGAAGAGUAAAGAGAAAAAGAAUCAAUUAAUCGCUCAGGCAACUAGACUAUUCACUUCAGCUGACAGAAUUGAUAUGUAUGAUCAAAAACACUUACUUGGACGAGCAUUUUUCUUUAUAUACGAAGGCGAGAAUUGGAGUCAAGCGGAUAGUCAAUUGAAUUUUGUCCUGAAUCAAGGUUCACCAAGUGUACCAGCUUAUUUAGGCAAAGCAUGUAUUGCUUUUAAUAAAAAAGAGUAUAGAAAUGCUUUGGGAUUUUAUCGUAAAGCUUUACGCUUACAACCGAAUUGUCCAGCGUCUGUACGACUUGGAAUGGGUCAUUGUUUCUUUAAAUUAGGUAAUAUGGAGAAGGCGAGGUUAGCCUUUCAACGAGCAUUAGAUUUGGAUCCAGAAUGUGUUGGUGCUUUAGUUGGACUUGCUGUAUUAGAUUUGAAUGAAAAAACUCAAGAGUCAAUUAAACAAGGUGUACAAAAAUUAUCUCAAGCGUAUAAUCUUGAUCCAACUAAUCCAAUGGUAUUGAAUCAUUUAGCCGAUCAUUUUUUCUAUAAAAAAGAAUAUACAAAAGUGCAUCGAUUAGCAUUACAUGCAUUUUAUAAUACAGAAAAUGAAGCAAUGCGUAGUGAAAGUUGUUAUCAAAUGGCAAGAGCAUUUCAUAUGCAAAAAAAUUAUGAUAAUGCAUUUCAAUAUUACUACUUGGCUACACAACUUGCCUCACCAACAUUUAUUUUACCAUUUUAUGGUCUUGGACAAAUGUAUUUACACAGAAAUGAUUUAGAACAUGCUGCUAUGUCAUUUGAACGUGUAUUAAAAGAUAAUCCUAAUAAUUAUGAAACAUUGAAAAUACUUGGCAGUUUGUAUGCUCAGUCAAAUAAACCUGAUAAACGAGCACAAUCCAAACAAUUAUUUAAGCAAGUAACUGAAAGUCAACCGGAAGAUGUAGAAGCAUGGAUUGAAUAUGCCCAACUGUUAGAAAAUAAUAUACCUGAAGCAUUAGAAGCUUAUUCAAAAGCAUUGUCUAUUUUAGAAAAUAUUCAAUUAGAUAUUGCUCCAGAAAUAUUAAAUAAUAUUGCUACUCUUUAUUAUAUGAAAGGUGAUUAUGAUAAAUCUUCUGAAUUCUUUAAACGUGCUUAUGAUCGUAUUCUUGAAGAGCAGAGAAGUGAAGAGAAUGAAAGUGGUGAUGUCAGUGGGACAUCGACUGAGGAAUAUUAUCAUGGAUUGGGUAUCACUGUACGCUAUAAUCAAGCAAGACUUCAUGAAGCACAAGGUCGUUGUGAUUUAGCUGAAGAAAUCUAUAAAAGUAUUCUACUUCGACAUCCAAGCUAUAUUGAAUGUUAUGUGCGCCUUGGUUGUAUUGCUCGUGAUCGAGGACAGAUCCGUGAUGCUUCGAUUUGGUUCAAAGAGGCUUUAGAUGUAGACCCGGAUAAUCCAGAUGCUUGGAGUUUAAUUGGCUUAUUACAUUUAAGUAAAAAUGAAAUAGAACAAGCUCAAAAGAAAUUUGAUCGAGUAAUUAGACAACCAGCUUAUCGAGCCGAUGCCUUCUCGCGUAUAUGCUUAGGGAAUAUUUGGCUGACAACAUUGCAUCAUCCUAUUAAAGAUAAAGAUAAGCGUAAAAGGCAUCAGGAUCGUGCUUUAUCCUUCUACAAGGCUGUUUUAUGCGCUGAUCCUAGAAAUAUAUGGGCUGCUCAUGGUAUUGGUUGUGUUCUUGCCCAUAAAGGAUUUGUUAAUGAAGCCCGUGAUGUAUUUGCACAAGUUCGUGAGGCUACAGCUGAUUUUCCUGAUGUAUGGAUUAAUAUAGCGCAUAUCUAUGUGGAGCAGAAACAGUAUACAGCUGCUAUACAAAUGUAUGAAAAUUGUAUCAAGAAAUUCAAUCGACAGAAUAACACUGAGCUGUUACAAUAUCUGGCUAGAGCAUAUUUUAAAUCUGGUCAACUGAAAGAAUGUAAAACUAUGCUAUUAAGGGCUCGUUUUGUUAAACCAUGGGAUCCUUUGCUCACAUUCAAUUUAGCCUUUGUUCAAAAACGAUUAGCCGUAUCAGUAUUACAAGAUGAAACGAGUAGUUUCUCAUCUGUCUGUGAAGCGAUAGCUGACUUAAACAUGGCUAGAUAUACAUUUAAUCACUUGUCAAAAUUGACUGAAGUUUUAAAUCAAGCUAUGGCAACUGAAGAAGCACGUAUUUGUCAAGAUCUAUUAAGUCAAGCUAAAUAUCAUCUUGAUAGAGCUAAAUCACGUGAAGAACAAGAACGUGUGGUUCGUAAACGUCAGGAAGAGGAACGUGAAGCACAACGUAAACGUCAAAUGGAGUUACAACAACAAGCUGAACAAAUGCGAAUUGAUCGUGAACGUCGACUAGAAGAGGAACGUGGACGUUUCUUAGAAAAAGCUAAACAAAUAAUCAUUGAACCAGUCUCUGAGUUCAUCAAGUUAAGUGGGUUUCCCCAAAAUCUUCGUGUUCGUGCAAGCGAAGCUCCAUAUGACUGUCCAAGACGUCAUGAUUGGGAAGCAUUUUUCCGUGAUGCCCAAAACAUGGAUGAAACAAAAUCUGGUGAAAGACCUGAUACUCUUGUACUCACUGGUCUUCCUGUCAGAUGGUUUUCCAGUGCGUCACAUAAUAGGCCGCGUUUUAGUGCUAACAGUGAUGAUACUAUUAAUAGUUAUUUAUCCCUUCUCGUGGAUGAAGAGAAGCCGAAUCCUUCAAUUCUUAAAGAGGCAUUCGAAGUAUUCGGUAAAAUCCGAGAGAUUGAUAUACCUAUGUUAGAUCCUGCUCAAAAUCCUGAUUGUCUAGAAGAUUAUAUCAAUAACAAUGAUAGUGUCAAUGUCGCCUCUUCUUGUUGUUCUUCUUCUACUAUUCUACUAUCCAAAACUAAUAAUUAUACAGCAAAAAAACCCAAUGAAUCUCCAUUCUGUAAUGAAUUAAAAAGUAUAGAAAAAGAAUAUGUUGGAGGAUUUGGUAAAAUAUGCCCUGAUACAAUUGGUAUAUUAAAUCCAACUUUACAGAAUAAUAAUAAUAGUAAUAAUAAUACAGUCAACGGAUGUUUGAUUAAUUCAGGCGUUAAUUCAAAUUCAUCUGAACUUUUAAAGGCGAAAAAAUUGAAUGGAUUGCUGAAUUCUACUACGACUACUGCUAGUAGUAGCAGUCCACUUACGUUUAUAGCUUAUGUACAAUAUAUGGAUUAUACGGGAUUUAGUCGUGCUAUGGAUAUGCUACGUGGUCAAAAACUAGUUUAUGCUCCAACGUAUAAAACUCAAUCAUUAUCGUCGUCAUCAUCAACAACAGCAGCAGGAGCAGUAUCAUCUGAUCGAAAUGAUAAAUUAUAUUAUGCAGCUGAAAUCAAGAUUGAUUUCGAUCGAACUAAACACCUAUCACCAAGCUCAAUUCAAGCAAGACAUUUAAAACGAAGACAAUUAUUCAUUAUUGCUGAACGUCGACGUGCUGAAGCAAGAAGUCUAGCUGAAGCAGAACAGGAACGUUUACGUCUUUUAGAAGAUUCAGAGCGUAAAGCUGCAGAACGACGUCAAGCGGAAGCAUUAGCUGCUGAAGCGGAACGUGCAGCUAAACGUGCUGCACGUGAAGAAAGUAAACGACAAAUUGCAAUAGGUCGGUGUAAACGAAUUAAAGAAGAUUUAUUGAAGAAGAAAAUAUCUUUGGAAGAAUAUCGUCGAAUUGUAGCUGUUCGUAAAGUGGAAGGUAUACGAUUGAUGACAUUUUUGUUGGCUAAAAUACAAGCUCGUCAUGAUUUAAUAGUGGCUACAAGACGUGUUGCUCGUUUGUCUAAGGUGGAAAAGGCUGCUGUAGACGCUGAAGCCAGUGUAAAUAUUGCCUUAAGUCAAGCCUCUCAAACUUUUACAGCUAAUACUAAAUCAAAUAAUAAUAAGCCUGAUGAUGUUGAUCCGGGCGAUGAUGCGGAUGACUAUGAAAUGAAAAAUUGUGAGAAAGAAGAAGAAGAUUCAGAUAAAAAGUGUUCACAAUCCGGUCUACCAUCAGUCUCUUCAUCAUCUCCUGAAUCCUCUGAGGAACAAGAGGUACGAUUUCAACAAUUGUUGGCUAAACGUGAAGAAUUUCUACGGAAUAAUUUAUUACGCAAACGUGCUGAAGUAUUAAGAUCACAAAUUUAUCAACGAUCCAUACUGUCUAAUUCCAAUCCCCGUAAUCAUUAAAUCCUACUCUUCGCAUUCGCUCUAUCAUCAUUGAAUCGAAAAACUGUAUAUGAUAAAAUUUAAAAGAAAUAAAAGAAAAAAAAUCCCCACCAUCACCACCAAUAAUAAUGAUAAACACACGUUUCUUCAGUGUACUGCUUCGCACAUACAUGCAUAUAUAUAUUUAUAUAUCCUUUCUCAAGAAAAGGCGAAAAAAAAGAAGAAAAACCAUUUCUCCUAUUGUUGAUAUCGUUAAAAAACAACAACAACAACACAGAAAUGUUGGUUGUUAUUCUGUACAUUUCAUUAAAAGGCAAGGGAAUAAGGAGAGGCAGAGAGAGAGAGAGAGGGAAACAACAAGCAAGCAAACAGACAGUUUCACUUUAAUUGUUUGUGUUUUUUCAUUGAAUUCUUGAAUUGUGUUUUUUUUUGUAAUAUGGUUUUCAUUAUUAUUAACAAUAACAAUUCGGUUCAUUAUUGUAUUGUAUGUGUGUUUGUACAUAUGUAUAUGCCUGUUGGUCUGUUUGUAUGUGCGUGCGUGCGUGUGUCCGUGUGUAUGUGUGGGUUGGUGGGUGGGGUGAUUUUGAUUAGUGUGAAUUUGUAAUACCGAGAUCAAAAUGGAUUUCACAAUUGUUAUACAAAAAUACUCGAUAUAUUAUCAUCUUUUUUCUUUAAUUUGAUAUUGAGAGUAAUGUGAUUGAUGUGGUAUUCGCACAUGGUGGUGGUUGGUUCUCUAGUCAUUGUAUCUUAAAUUGUCAUAUUACACAUUAUUGAUAACAAUAAUAAUAAUAAUAUCAUAUUGGCCCUCACUGGUCACGACUUCUCACUAGAACUCAGGAAACUUCAACCUGUAGCAAGUCACUAGCGAG